AUGGACAUUUCCAUCCAGCACCCCUGGUUCAGACGGGCCAUGGGCUCCGUCUACCCCGCAAGACUCUUUGACCAGUUCUUCGGAGAGGGCAUGUUUGACUACGACUUCUUCCCCUACACCACCUCCAGCAUCAGCCCCUACUACAGACAGUCCCUGUUCCGAAGCUUCUUGGAUUCCUCAAACUCCGGCACCUCUGAGGUGAGGUCUGACAGGGAUAAGUACACUUUGUACCUGGAUGUCAAACACUUCUCUCCUGAAGAGAUCAGUGUGAAGGUGACCGGGGACUACGUGGAGAUCCAGGGCAAGCAUGGAGAGAGACAGGAUGACCACGGUUACAUCUCUCGUGAGUUCCACCGCCGCUACCGCCUCCCCUCCAGUGUGGACCAAUCAGCAAUCAGCUGUAGCCUGUCAGCUGACGGGCUGCUGACCCUGAGCGGGCCAAAGGUUAACGGGGGGAGCGAAUCCGGCCGCAGCGAGCGCAGCAUCCCUGUCACCCGCGACGAGAAGACCAACUCUGCUGUGUCCUCUUAG